CUAGAAUUGAGAAAUCAAUACCCUAUCUUUUAAAAACGGGAUUACUUAAGGCAUAGAAAGAUAAACCCGGGAAAUGUAAGGGAACACUUCAGGUGGGCAACAGUUUCAUCAUGUUGACUAACCUUUUAACGUGGACCAUAUUUGGAGGGUUUUGUUUAUGUUUGAAUGAAGGGAAAAACGCACGGAUUAAACCAGUCUGCAAUCUGCAACAACUCGAACAUUAUCCAUAUAUUCACUGUUUCGAUCGGAAUCAUGUGCCAAUAUACACCGCCAUCAUGAUUGGAUCGAACCUCAAUGACGGAACUAAAUGCCUAGUGUCGUGCAACCAUGAAAGGGCUUUCUCAACGUGGAAGGCUUGCGUCAACGGAGAAUGGGUCGGGUCUGAGUUUAGUUGUAAAAAUAUUCAGAAGAAAGACUCUCAUCACAUAAGACAAAAGCGAUGGUGGUGGAGUGGUGGCGGUGGAGACGAUACACCACCUGAGAUUACCUGUCCGUCGAGCAAAACAAUUUAUACUGAUUAUACAGGAAGAGCGUACGUUAGGUACAAUCUACCCACUGCAACUGACGGGGGAAGUCACGACGGAGUCACAAUGACGAGAACUUCGGGUAUAGCGAGUGGAACCAGAACUGGAAUUGGCACUCAUAUGAUUUGUUACAAAGCAAAGGACAAGUCUGACAACGAGUCUAAACAAUGUUGUUUUUACGUGUAUGUCAAAAGUUGUCCAACGAUAGACAGAUGCAGGAGAGUGCACUGUACAAACACUCACAAUCAGAAGUGUCAACUCUGUGAUCCUGGUUACCACCCAGAAGGCAACAGAUGUGAACCUACGUGCAGAAUACCCCACUGUAAUGGCACACAGUUCGAGUGCGAAAGUAAUACCAGGGGCACCUGUAUGAAAUGCAUCGAUGACAACGUGAUCUGGAAACCAGUGAAUAACAACCAUACCUGUGCAGCAAUGUGCUCUGUGGAGGAAAAUAGAGAAUGUUGGCCUGGAACAUGUCAAUCAAAUGGAUUGGCUUCAAGCUGUCAGUGUAACAUCGGUUUCCUUACCAAGAAAAACUCUGCCGGAACCAUCGCAUAUUGUCAGUUGGAGAACAAACCAGUCAUUGAGACUUGCAGAUCCAGUCUUGUGUUUGAUGGAGGAGAGAUUGUUAUGUCAAAAACAAACGGAUUAUCUACAUCAUGCAAAAAUCAACAAGAUGCCUUCAUAAAUAAAAUUCCAAAACAAGCCAAAUUUACAAGUAUGGCGACAUUCUCUGUGAUUAUUACAUCUUCUAAACCAACAUUCAUACAAAACAACAGCUGGAAUUAUGGAAUAUCAGGAGGGCAAUUCGCUGUCGUUCAUAGGCCCCUAGACGGGCUAGAACAACAGAUUCAAACGGAAGAGUUCAAGAAUAUUAGCAGUAUUAACCUAAAGAGUGCCGACAAUCAAAUGGAAGUACUGCAGAUAGACAAAAACCUGUAUCUAUCUGAGGGGGAUGCAAUAUGCCUCAGAUUUAUAUCAAAUGCGACGGGAUUUUUCAAAACGGAAGAUGCAAGAACUGCCACACACCUUAUUUCUGAAAAGAAAUUCAAUGGUGAAACUCAAACUCAAAGGGACGUGUGCUUUUGGUACGAUUCCCUUUCUCCUGAUCAUUGCUUCAACACCAAAACGUGUCUCUAUGAACCGAUUCAAAUACCAGAAAGAAUAACAAAAAAUAACAGAUUAAGCAUUUCUCUAUCGGGAUGGUUUGAUCCAACAACGAUUGGAAAUAGAGGAUACUACUCAUCUGGCAUAAAAACGUUUGAUCUUCGCAUUCAUAAGGUUCCACAUACUGAAGGCGUACUGAAACCUGAUACAACUUCUGUUUGGAAAAAUUCAUCCAAAUUUGCAAUCCUACACGAAGUUCAACUUAAUGAAAGUGGACUUUAUGAGAUACAUUUAGAGGUCGUUGAUAAUGCUGGAGAAGGUGGCAAUGUAAGAUCUGCAAGGCGAUUCGUACUAUUUGAUAAUAGCUCUGAAAUAAAAACAAAUGAUAACAACCCGUUACAAGUGACAACAGCGCAUAUUGAAAAUAAUAAAUACUGGCAAACCGAGGCGAAACACAUUUGUGUAAAUUGGACGGAAAGAUUUUAUAAUACCUAUCACAUGACAGAAAACGUUUUGCAACCAGUAAAGCACUCAGAUGCAAUUUUGGGCGUUUUUGAACAGCUCACUGGCCCUCUGCCAAUCAAUGGUACGUUGAACGUACAUGGAAUAGUCAGGUUUGAAUAUUCUUACACGAUAAACAAUGGAUCAUGUUCUAAAAGAACAUUAGUCAAUCAAUUGAAUCAGUUUGUCUGUUCAAACAUCAACAUAACUGACGGUGAUGUAAUCCAAUUUAGAAUUCACUCCAUGGACAUUAUGAACAAUACAUUCCUGGAUUCUGUCACGAUUCUAAUUGACACAUCUGUCCCCGAUAUUGAUAAUAUAUGGUUACAAAGAAAUACACACGGUCAAAUCUACGUCCAUAACUCGAAAGAACUUUCUGAAAUGAAACUUUAUUUCGAUGCUUUUGAUUGGGAAAGUGGACUGAAAUCCAUUCACUGGUACCUAGGUUCGACUGAUGGUGGUUCAGAAAUGUCAAAUGGUUCAAUUGGUGUUAACGGUCUAUCAAGAAACAUAAAUUGUGACUUCAUUGAAAAUUGUUACUGUCCAAAACUAGGAGAAUGCGAAUUCUACAACUAUAGCUUGGAUUUAUCGAAAAUAAUUAAGGAAGGGCAACACAACAGAGAAUAUUAUUUUACAAUUGUCGUAACAAACAUUGCUGGCCUUCGGUCUGUGCAGCAUCUAGACGUUCUUGUAGACGAAUCACCUCCCGUCAACGGCACUGUUAUGGAAGGGCCACAGGGAGAAAGAGACGUUGAUUUUACGACAGUUGGGGAUAUAACUGUGAACUGGAAUGGGUUUAUUGAUCAUGAAAGUGGUAUAUCCCAUUAUGAAGUAUUUCUUGGAAGAGAGUGCCUUCGCGAUAUCAUGACUGUUGAUUCAAAUUCCAGUUUCGUCAUUGAUAAAAAGACAACGUCUAGAACAUUUGAAUCGUUCAAUCUUUCUGAGAAGGGAUAUUUCGUUUUUACUGUCAUUGCGUUUAAUAAUGCCUUAGAGCCAUCGGAGGGAAGUUGUUCUGAUGGAAUAUUCUACGAAGAGGCUUCUCAUAUAUUGCAUAACCUAACGUCAAACAAUUUUAAUAUAGAUGAAGGGAUCGCAUGUUUUAAUGAAACUUCGUGGCUUAUUACAUCAAAGUUAAAACGCAUCAGGCUAGGGCCCAUUUCCAUGUGUAUGUCAAGGUGUCAAAACCUCUCCUUUCCAUUUUUUCUUCAGAGUUUGUCGGAAGUAAUCAUGGAUAACAUUAAUGACAGUUCCUAUGCGGAAGGAAUAUGUUCACGGACAGAGGCAUACAAAGAUCGAAUCAUCUUCAUUUCUGCAAUUGGUUGGCAAAUGUCAUGGGAUGUUUCAGAUCGACGAAGAAUGCAAGACAUUGCGAUAGGUAUUGGGACAGAUCAAACUUCAAUAUCGCAUCCAAAUCUCAAACCAUACGCUCCUACGAUGAUGCAGACAAUACAUCGCUUCACAAGAGACGGAGUAGCAAGUCAGGAAAAACAUUACGUGUUCCUUAAGACAGUUUUUAAGUCUGGAGCUACAAACAUCCUGACGAUUGGACCUCUGGUUAUAGAUACAACACCACCUGCGUUCAAGCAGGAGUUUCUCGUAUCUGUUAUAGGUUCAUAUCUAUUCCUUGGAUGGCCAAAUGAUACAUUUGUAGAGCCAGAACAAAAAACUGGGAUCGACGAAAUAUUCUUUCGGAUAGGUACGGCCAAAUAUUUUGCAACACCUCUUGUACAGUAUCAUCCAACCAACAAGCUAUACGAAAACUGUCCAUUAUCCAAUGUGGAAGAAUGUACGCGUUAUCCGUUAAAUAGAAUUCGUUACAAAGAACAAGACGAGGAUUUCUUUGUUGAGAUGCACAUCUAUAAUAAAGUUGGACUUUCCUCAAAAAAAAGGUCAAAACCUUUCAAAUUUCCAUCUCAGGUUCCACUUGGGCAUGGUGUGGUAUUAGACGUCGACCCUGAAAUAAGUUCAGUCGAUAGAGAUGUUGAUUUUCAGGUACACAAUUCUACAGUAUGUUUUAUAUGGAAAGGACUUUCAUACCAUCAUAAUAUAUCACUGUUUGCAGGACUUGGUUUAACCCCUACCUCUCCAGAUGUUACACCAUUCAGACGAAUUUUUGAUAAUAAACAUUGUUUUUCAAACGUAUCACUGUUGCCAAACACAAAGUAUUUUUCAGUCAUACGUGUAUACUGCGCAGGCUCCUCAUCUUAUGAUGUAUCCGAUGGUGUAACUCUGGUAGAUAUUGGCACGGUGGAUAAUAGACUCCAAAUUCAUAACGGCAUUGGCUGCAACGAAAAAGACCUUGUUCGUCCUUUCCAUAUCACAAGUAACAACAGGACAUCAGUUUACGAGUACAACGACUUGGUGGUUUCUGAAACAUACACAUUGUUCAUCAAAGAAAGGAAUAAAGCAAAAGAUAUGAACACAUCUAUUCAUUUCAGAGGAUUUAUAAAAUCUGAACAAAGUGAUAAUAAAUUGUUUCAGGUGAUUGAACUCAUCUCUACCAACAGAAACGCAACUAUUACAUUUGAAAGUUUUAACCUAUCAAACAAUGAAGCAGUUCUCAAGAAAUGUCAUUUCAACAGAAGAGUUAUUUUAAGCGGAAAUUCACUUUCUUUCCAUUGGACGCAUAACAGAGAAAAAGACGACUACCCAACACACUUUGAAGUUUCCGUUGCCAAAAUAAGUCAAUCUGGAGUACAAAUAAUGAAAUCUGAAAUAUCCUAUGCAGAAAACAUUACCUUCAGAAAUUUGAAUUUAAACACAAUCGACAAGUAUUGUGGCGUUGUAAAAUCUUGUUUCUCAAAAUACUGUUCAAAAGCUGUAUUUGGAUCUUUAGUCAGAUUGUUAUCGACCGAAUUUAACUUCACCAUUCGUGCAGACAUGCAUGAAGACAGUGAGAACUUCAUAAUAGACAUUGAAAUAAAAGAUGAAGCGAAUGUGAUUAACGAUGGAUUAAGUAGGUGGAUGUUGUCGGAGGAUAUACAAGGGAAAAAAAGAACGACCAACUGGAAUUUUUUUCCAAAUAAGAAUACCACAAAGGCCUCUGUGACCAUUCCUCGAACGCACAUGCUAGUCACUAUUCCCAGAUAUGCGUGUGUUCAAAUUAUAUACAACAGUUGGAUGUCACCUAUCCAAUGUACCCUGAUCGAGAAUACGUUCAUUUUUGGCAGUAAUGAAAUCAAAUUUUACUUCGUUGAUGUGAAUAAUCCAGAUUUACCAAAAAUGAGAGCUAUGUCACACAGUCGUAACGUAGGUGUAAAUAUAUUACCAUUUGAGAAUGGCAACCUUUUGUUUGCAUCAAGUAGGACAAAACUAUCAGGAAUCAUUGUUGGAAGCGAAGGAUACGAGUUUGAUGUAUAUCUUAUGAAAAGGAACGUCAUUCCUGAAAAUAUAGAACACUGCCAGUUUGACGCAAGCUGUUUGUAUAUUGUCCAUGUAAAAGAUGGAUUUGUUUCUUUUCCUGGUCUGCACCUACAACACGGUGAUGAAAUAUUUGCUUGCAUCCGGUCUCAAAAUGUGUCUUUAGCUGACCCCGGUGUUGAAGUUGAAGAUGUAAAUAAAGCUAUAGAACUGUGUAGCACGGGAUUAAAAAUCAACGAUCUGCCUCCUUCUACAGUCAACAUUGAUAUCAAGAAUGCAGUAAAUGGUUAUAUAUCUGACGUAUCAAAGCUGGAUCUAGAAUGGAACGUACCGCAUUCGAGUGUGACAAUACUUGAAUAUAAAUACUGUGUUGGUACUUCACCAGGUUUAGACGAUGUAGUUAGUUUUACCUCUUCCUACAAGGACAAUAAAAUUACGAUUCUGAACAUCACACUUUCUCCUGGAUCUUCUUACUUUGCAUCAGUGAAAGCUAUCGACCGUUCCGGUUUGGAGUCUUUAUCAUCAUCGUCUCUUUUUACUGUCGAUCUAACACCACCCACUCCCGGAAGUUUUAUUAUCCGGUACCGAGGAGAAAACGCAGUGAAGACUAGUGAUGAUAUCAUCCCGGUGGAGUUAGAAAACUUUGAGGAUCCCGAAAGUGGAAUAGAUCAAUUUACUAUACGCAUUAAUGGACCUAGAGAAAAUUAUGUGUCAACUUUGAUGGUAGAAAACGGGCAAUUUUAUAUAAGAAUGAAAGAAGACAUGACGGAUGGCCAUGAAUACAAAGCCACAGUCCUGGUUUCCAAUAGAGCAGGUUUAACAACGGAAGUUGAAUCGAACACAUUUUUCAUAGACAACUCUCCACCAACAGGGGGAAUCGUAUUCGACGGGAAAGAUAUUGGAAAAGAUGUAGACUAUCAGAUGGAAACUCGGAUGAUCUAUACAUCUUGGGACUUCUUUUCCGAUCCACAUUCUGCAAUAGCAUUUUAUCGAGUGGGACUUGGAACUUCCAAAACGAUGGCAGAUGUAAUUACACCCGUCAACGUUGGAUUAAUGAAAAACUUUACCUGGGAAGGACAGUUUGAAGUAGGAAGAAAAUACUAUGUGUUCCUAGAGGCCUGUAAUAGAGUAAUGCUAUGUUCCCAAGGUCAUUCCAAUGGAGUUCUUCUCGACAAAACAGCGCCCAUUUCUGGAAUUGUCAGGAUAGGUGAUUCAAAUCACGAUUCCUUCACAUCAGAUAGGACAUCCCUUGCCAUUCAUUGGGUAGGAUUUGAGGAUCCAGAAUCAGAUAUUCAGUACUUUGAAUGGUGUAUCGGUUCAAAAACAUAUGAUUGUGACAUCAGAGAGAGAGAAAAUGUUGUUCUGUCCAACCAGAUUUUCAAGCCCAAUAUGCAACUGCCCGUUAAUAUUCCAUUAUACGCUACUGUGUUUGCUUAUAAUAACGUAGGAUUAUAUUCCAAGUCAACCUCCAGAGGAUUCAUUGUCGAUAUCACUCCACCAGUCUUGAUGGUGAAUCCAACUUUCUUAUCUCAUGAAACUCUUGAGGAGGCCUCUGACUACGAGUAUGACAGUUCAUUGUUUAAAUUAAAAUGGAAGUUUGAAGAAAACGAAUCAUCCAUAAUGGAUAUUACUAUUGUUUUAAAAAAUACAAAAAAAGGAGAUGACAUUUUUGAUUUAGCCGUCCGAGGGAACAUUGAUAAAACAAAUAUUAUCAUUCCUAAAGAGGACAGACUUCGAAAUGGCGAUUCCGUAAUUGGAAUAGUAACUGCUUGCAAUAUAGCAAAACUCUGUACUACUGCAUCGACGCGACCUAUUAUUGUAGAUUCUUCAAGACCUAACCAAGGAGGCUUUUCAAAUCCAAUGACGUGGAAAUUAAUUGAAGAUAUGUAUAUGUUUCAUAUAAAUUGGUAUGGUUUUUCUGACGAUGAUAGUGGAAUUUCUUGCUAUUAUCUCACAGUUGACAAGACAUAUAGUGGGUCUGAAUUAACUGGAGGUCCAAUAAAAAUAAGUGGAAAUAGAUCGAGCAUUUCAAUUCCAAUAAACGCAACUAGUUGGAACUUGAAGGAAGCAAUAAUCCUCACGAUCUGGGCUGUCAACGGUGCGGGAUUGACAAGUUUGUCUUCAAAGGUAACCAUUCAAUCAAAAACCCCAACGGAUUCGUCUACAAGUGGAAAGUUGUACAUACAACGUCAUUCUUGCCCUGUUCAUUACUGUAACAAUGACUGUACUUGUUCCGUCGUCGGCAAAAAGUGUUCCUAUUCAAUUUCAGCAAAAAAGCAGUGCAUAUCCUCUGAAAACGCUGUUAAAAUUCUUGAUGAAAACAUAUUGAUACGCAAUUCCAUUAAACCCGCAAAAAUAAUAUCAUCAAGUACCUGUAUUAGUGUACAAUUCGACAAGAUGAAUUUUUCAAUGAUUGAAUCGGCUCUUCGAUUUGAGUGGUCUGUUGCUCUAAAGAACGAACAUCCUGGUCUUGGUUUUUACGAUGACGAGGAAUAUCCCUGGAGAGAUAUUGGUAUGAGAAUGGCAGAUAUAGAAUGUUUGCCAAGACAUAAAGAACUGGAAAAUGGGGCAUCAUACGUUGUUUAUGUCAGAAUUUGGAUAUCCGAAGACAAUUACCUUACAAGAUAUUCCGAACCAUUUAAGAUUGAUACCACUGCGCCAUUCGUGAAGAUGGGAGGAUAUAUUAGAACGUACUUGGAAACUCGUAGAGGAAAACAAAAUGUUCGUUUCAUCACAGACAGGAAUGAUUUCAUCUGCACAACUUGGGAUGAUGUUUUCUCUGACGGGAAAGGAAAUAUAACCGGGUAUUACGUAAUGAUUGGAAGCCAGUCUAAAGCUGAUGAUGUUGAACGGAAGAAGUGGGUUGGAAACCUUAAAGAAAUGUGUUUUGCAACAUCAAACUUCACUGCUGGGUUUGACUACAUAUUUUCAGUUACCGCAGAGGAUGAAACAGGAAUGACCACAAAGCUUGAUUCAACUCCUUUUAAGAUUGAUGAUAUUCCACCUUCAACAGGAAAGGUCUUUAGCUCCGACAGAUACAGAGACAAGCAAUAUUCUUCUUCGCCCACAUCACUAGGGGUGUCAUGGCAUGGAUUUAAAGACGAUGAGUCUCAUAUAUUCAAAUAUGAAUAUAGAGUCAGAUAUGAAAACGGUUCCUUUAUUACCGGCCAAAUGUUUCGUAAUAUUGGAUAUGAAAACUCCGUCAUAAUCAAUAAUAUAAACUUGAGGCAUGGUGAAAUAUAUGCAAUAGAUGUACGUGCCAUGGACGCAGCCGGACUAUUCAGUGACAUAAUCUCGAGUCAUCCCAUAAAGGUAGAUUCAACGCCCCCUGCUGGGUUUCUGUGUGAAGAGAAGAAACCUAAGAGUCUUAACUGGAGUGCACAAGCUGGUGCAGCUGCGUUCACUGUCAAUUUAAAAUCCAAUAGUAGUUACACAUUUACUUUUACGUUGAAAGUGGGGUAUUCAAAAGAGUUCCUUUUGUUAAUUAACAACAAAACCGAAAUGUUGUACUUCGACGAUACAGAUGGUGUCUACCUACUGUCUGAAUAUCGACUUUUUACCAUGUAUUCUCGACAGGAACACAUGAAACUGAUCUCCCGCUCCAAGAGAGAAAUCACAUCUGAUGAUUUGAAUAUUGAUGUUAUCGAAUGCAACCUAACGAAUGCACAUGAAGCUGGUGCCGUCGAAAUAAAAGAGAUUCGACCUUCAUUGGUUAAAGUGAAGACUCAUGUUUUUGACAUGGAAAGUGGAAUAAAAACCGUUAACGUUAACAUCGGGACAACUCAUUGUGGACAGCAAAUACUUUCUAAUAUUCCAAUGCAUACUCAUUACAAAUUUUUCUAUGUGUCUAUUCCACACAACACAACGAUAUUUGCUUCGGCUAUAGUUACCAAUGGUGCUGGCGUAAGUCGAGUGUUUUGUUCCAAGGCAUUGAUAGUGGACAUCACACCUCCUAAAUUGGUCAAUUUGACCAUAGAUGCAGAGUAUGUUCAAUACAAUAAAUCUACUCGUGCGAAAAUAACGGGGUCCUUCCUAGUAGCAGACGAUGAAAGUGAUGUACAAAACUGCUAUUUCGCAAUUGGCUCGAACCCGUCUUCGGUAAACAUUCAGAAAUGGACUCCUACAGAAGUGAAGGAAGCAUACUUUAUUUCCAACGAGUUUGAUGUUUUCCACGGAAUGCAUGUAUUUGCAAAAAUUCUUUGCAGAAAUACUAUUGGUUUGUCCCACGAAGAGAUAUUUGAUCCGAUUGAAGUCGCUCUUGCACCUCCAGAUUCAACACAAGCGUCCAUUGCUGUUGUCACUAAUAAAUGUUCUCGCACUAUUCCUGUUGUCUCUGACAAAAACUCGCUUUUAUUGCAUUGGAAAGGGUUUUCUGAUAUAAUUCAUCCAACAAAGUUUGAUUACAGGGUUCUCUCACAUCGCUCUGCUAUAGGUACGUGGGAAUCUGUGAAGGAUUGCGACUAUGCAAGUGUGAAAAAACUGUCUAUGGACGAUGGUCAAAUGUACACCGCUGAAGUGAAAGCAUUCACUUCAUUCCAGAAUGGAUCAGCAUCAGCUUAUCAAACAUUCAUGGUAGAGACCAGAGCGCCAAUAUUGACUGGUGAACCCCCAACUGUUUCCAGACAAGGGGACCAUGUUAUCAUCGACUGGACUGACAUGUUUAAGACACAAUCAGGAUUAAACAUGACAUUCGAUGUCAAUAUAGGAUCUGGAUAUUAUUUUAGUGAUUUGCUACGUUUGGUCAACAUGCCAAAAAGUCACGUAAAGACAGAAUUACCUCGGAGUAGUAAAAUUCUGUCCGUUUUUCUUUCGAUUAGAGCUCAGUUGUGUACGGCGCAGUCUUCUAUUUACUAUGGCGUGCAUGCUCUUUGAAAAUGGUUCAGGUAUGCAACAGAACUCAUGAGUUUAUGAAAUGUGAAUUUCAUGUACAGACAUUUUAUUUUAGAUCUUUCUUAACAUUGGUACAUUAUCUAAUGUAUUGUUUUAUUAUGUUUGAAAUAAAGUAGAUUGUUAGAUUCA